CCGCUCCGGCUGCUCCUCUCGGUGCUGCCGCUCCGCUCGGCCUGGGGCGCUCUGCACGCCCGUGCCCGCCGUCUGAGGGCACUCACCGGACCGGACAGGCAGGAACAGCCCUGGCUUUCCAGGUGGCUCCAUCAUGGACGAAACUGUGGCUGAGUACAUCCGCAGGACUGUGCUGAAAAUCCCCCGGGAUGAAAUCAAGAUGAUGCUGCAGAAGUGGGGCUUUCUCUCUGAGGCACAGCUGCAGACUCUCAACUUCCAUCAGCUAAAGGAUAACAUUUCCCAAGAAGUCGUUCAGCUCUGUGAGGAGAACUCUGCAGACAUAAAGCAAGCAGCUGUCCUAGAUGUAAUUUACAACCACAUCUACCAAAACAAAAGAAUGUGGAGUGUUUACCAGAUGAGAAAAACAGGAGAAGAACUGGAAUAUUUUGACUUAACAGACUUCAAAAAGAAAUUUAAAAGGAGACUUCGGUCAGCCUUGAAAAACGUCACCAUCACCUUCAGGGAAUAUGAGGACAAUGCCAUCUGGAUUCGAGUUGCCUGGGGCACACCCUACAGGCAGCCCAACCAGUACAAGCCCAGCUACGUCGUGUACCACUCGCAGACUCCCUACGCCUUCAUCUCUGCCUCGGUGCUCAAGAGCAACCUGCCCCUGCUGUGCCAGGCCCUGAUUGUUGCUUCCAAUUACCAUGACAUCCGUGAAAUGGAGCUUCGAAGUCAUUCAUUAAACUCCCUUAAAGAUAUUGUGUUUAAGAGAUAUAGCCAGAACUUCCAAACUUACUGUCCAAAACCUCUCCAAGGAAGGGCUGUAGAACCAAAAAACGUGGAUUUAAGGAUAAUUAAUGAAAAGAGAAGUGAGAAAGAAAGAAUACACAGACUGAACCAGGAAGCUUUCGGUGAUGGUCCCCAACCAAUACUCCAAUUUGCACAAUACAAGCUUGAGACAAUGUUUAAAAGUAGUCCUGAAAUGGAUGUUUUGGAUAAAAAAGAACCAUUCAGAUGUCUGGUCAAGUUUUCUAGUCCACAUCUUUUAGAAUCACUGAAAUCCUUGGCACCAGCAGGUAUGGCUGAUGCACCACUUUCACCACUCCUUACAUGUAUCCCACAAAAAGCUAGAAAUUAUUUUAGAAUAAGAGAGAAAAGAGGUUUAUUUCCUGAAAGUUUUGUAAGCCCUUAACUGAAAACCGAGUCAUAGAGAAAAAUGCAAUUUUUUUAUUACUGGUAUUAAUCUCAAUCAUCAUAAACUUUAAAACAGACCUUAAAGAAAUAACUUAUUCUUUGGUAAUACCUUACAUUUUUUUCCAAGUUAUGGCUUCUUUGAAUUAUUCUCCCCACAGUUGCCUUUGACAGAAAUUAGCCCUUCCCUUAACUAAUAAAAGCCUCAAUUACAAAGUUUAAA